AUGAGCAUCGAGUGCGGGUUUGUAUCGAAGCAUCAGAUCUUCAUAAAUUUAAAUUUUAGGAUCUUGAGAUAUGUAUCCAAAAUUGGAUAUGGGUGUGGGGAUGUGUCAUAUACACAUAUAUUGCAUAUUUUAUAAUAUUCUCAGAUGAAUGUUGUAAAUUAUAUAGAAAUAUACUUGACAUUGAAUAGGAUUCAAGAAAAAAAUGAAAUUUCUAUAUCAAACUAAUGUCAGAGGCUAAAAAUGUUGCUUUGCUAGCAAUUGUGAGUUUCUUCUUCUCAUAUAUUGUAACAAAUUAAAGGAUCCAAGUGUCUAAAUUGGGUACGAGUGUCGGACACAUAUCCCACACCCUUGCCCAUGUCAUAUCCGGUGGGCACGGAUAUUGUGGGGGGAAUAGAAGAGUCCAUAUAGCACAGCAUUAUUGACAUUUGUGGUUUUGGUUUGGUUUUAUUCAUUUAUUUCCUAUUAUAGGGUUAUGGUAGUAGUGUUAUCUGAAAUUUGUCUUCUAUAUGCGAGAAAUGAUCUCCCAGUUUGAUUGAAAUGCCAUACGCUAUAAAGAAGAAUAACUUCCAAGAUAUUUUACGAUUAGUUGUCCUGCUUCUGCUGAAAAAUACUAAUGUUGCUUUGAUCAUAGGGCCGGAUAUUGAAACAUGCUGGUGACUUGGUAGCUGCUGCUGCACUGGCAGAUGAAGCUAGGUGUAUGGAUCUUGCGGAUCGCUAUGUAAAUAGUGAAUGUGUUAAGCGUAUGCUGGAGGCUGAUCAGGUGGCAUUAGCAGAGAAGACAGCUGUUUUGUUCACAAAAGAAGGAGAUCAACACAACAACCUUCAUGAUAUGCAGUGUAUGUGGUAUGAACUUGCUUCUGGAGAAAGUUACUUCCGCCAAGGUGACCUUGGACGAGCUUUGAAAAAAUUCUUAGCUGUGGAGAAGCAUUAUGCAGAUAUAACUGAAGACCAAUUUGAUUUCCACUCUUAUUGCUUAAGAAAGAUGACUCUACGAACCUACGUAGAAAUGCUGAAAUUUCAAGAUAGACUGCAUUCACAUGAAUAUUUUCGCAAAGCAGCAGCUGGAGCUAUCAGGUGCUAUAUAAAACUUUAUGAUUCACCUCCAAAGUCAUCAGCUGAAGAAGAUGAUGAAAUAUCAAAGUUGCCUGCUUCUCAGAAGAAGAAAAUGAGGCAAAAGCAGAAAAAAGCAGAAGCUCGAGCUAAGAAAGAGGCAGAAGUGAAAAAUGAAGAAUCAAAUUUUAGUGGCGUCUCUAAGUCUGGAAAACGACUUGUCAAACCAGUAGAUCUUGAUCCAAAUGGGGAUAAGUUGUUGCAGGUUGAAGAUCCAUUGUUGGAAGCUACAAAGUACUUGAAGCUGCUUCAGAAGCACUCACCUGAUUCCUUAGAGACACACCUGUUUGCUUUUGAACUAAAUAUGAGAAAGCAAAAAAUUCUGCUCGCCUUGCAGGCUGUAAAGCAACUUCAACGGUUGGAUGCUGAAAACCCAGACUCACAUCGCUGUUUGAUAAGAUUCUUCCAUAAGGUGGGGGCUAUGCCUACUUUAGAGACUGAUGCUGAAAAACUUAUUUGGGCUGUCUUAGAAGCAGAGCGGCCUACUUUCAGGUUCUCUUGGUACUCCUUUUGUUUUCUUGUUCAACCCAUGAAAAUUGUUUAGUAAUGGCUCAAAUGAUUUGAUUUUACUUUUUC